AUGGUAAAUACGGGGAUAAUAUUAGAAGAAGGUGUCCGAGAGGGACGGUUGUCCAAAGAGGAGGUGUCUUCAAGCAAGAGGUAUGGUAACAGUUUCACCAAGAAGAAAGAAGCUGAGACUAAUGCAAUAUCCGUUGGGAGGCAGAGGAUGCCUCAUGUGUAUUUUGAAAUUUAUAAGGAAAUUGCAUGCUAUAUGGGCCUGGAUCUGGGAAAAAUUAAGAUAAAACAUUUUGCCGAUGUCGAGAUAUAUGUCCAACUACAAGAGAGUGUCAGGGGGUGUGAUGUGUUUCUUGUGCAGUCCACAUGUCCUCCUGCAAAUGAGAAUCUUAUGGAGCUUCUCGUAAUGAUUGAUGCCUGUAGGAGAGCUUUAGCCAAGAAUAUUACUGCAGUCAUUCCGUAUUUUGGAUAUGCUAGAGCUGAUAGAGAGACUCAAGGGCGUGAAUCAAUUGAUGUUAAGCUUGUAGCAAAUUUUAUUAUAGAAGCAGGUGCAAAUCGUGUUCUUGCUUAUGACCUCCACUCUGGGCAGUCUAUGGGUUACUUCGAUAAUAAACCAAACCAAUUAUGA